CAAGACACUCACCGGUGCGCAUCGGAGAGUGAGGAGGUCAUUGGGUUCACAGUGAGGAGCUGGUUACGUUGGAGUUGACAUAGUAGCAAGUUUGAAGAUAUUAGAUAGAGAGAAGGAGUUCAGAUUGGAGUUAGAUAUAGCUAGUUUAGACCUUAACUAGUUAGGAUAGGAAAAAGGAUAGCUAGGGUAGGCCCAGUGUGGCUGCUCGGGGCGCCUCUGCCCCGGGCCCCGGGCCCUUUGCGGAGCCUCAGGCUGAAAAGAUGGCAUUGCCAAGCCCUGCUAGCCCGGCUAAGCAGCCUGUGGUGCCCUCAGUGCCCGAGCCCCAGCCGGCACAAGGCCCCUCGAAAACCACACUCGUGCUCCCCCAGCUGCACGAAGCACGAGCACCUCGGGGGAAGGUGCUUCCACCGCCGCCUCCUGGCCAGCCCAAGGCCAAGGGGAAGGUGGCCUGGGUGCGGGCCCCAAUGCAGCCCCUGCCCCAAUUAGGGUAUAACACCAGGACAAUGCCGGUGCUCAAGCCCAAGACGAAGAACCUGCAGCAGCCGCGGCCUGCCUACCUCGCCACGAUGCCACAUGGGGCUCACGAUCUGUCCCCGCCCGUUGACCAGCCCUAUAAGCCAAAGACCACCCUGAUUGUCACAAAGGACUAUGUCCGCGAACUAGUCCUUCCUAGAGAGAGACCGCCCCAGCAGACGCUCAUCCUGAGCAGGGCAGAGUAUGAGCGCAUUAAGGCCCAGUGCGUCAUUGAGGAUCGGCAGGCCAAGGCAGCAGCCUACAAAGCCGAGAGGGAUGCCACGAUGGCCGCUGUGGCCCAGCGCAAAAAGGCCAUGAAAGAGAGGAUUCUUCUAAAGCAGAAGGUACAGAAGAGCGACCUGGAGAAGGAGGCCGAGGAGCGAGGCAACUACCUGCUGCAGCGGGCCUACAGGAUGCGCCUGGAGCAGGAAGAUGAGAUCAAGGAUAUGGAGAAGAUGAUCGUGGAUGCCAGGUGCCACGCUGUCCUGGACGCCCAGAUGAUAGAGAAGCAGCAAAUGGAGAAGGAGCUGAAACAGGAGGAGCUGCGCCUGGAUCAGAACAUGGAAGUGGAGCGCCAGAAAGUCGUCCGGAUGCAGGAAGAGCUGGAGGAGAAGAGGAAGCAGGAGCUGAUCCGGGGGAGGCGCCAGAUUGAGAAGCAAAUUGAAGACGACGAGAAGGAGAGGGCCAUACAGGCUGAGAUGCAGGACCUGGAGGCCCAGCAGAUACGGGACCGCCUGCAGCAGCUGCACCUGGAAGAGCUACGGGACUUGGAGAAGAAACGGCUAAAAGAAAGGGAAGCCCACGCGGAGGAUUUCCGCAUCAACGAACAAAUGCUGCUCUACAAGGAGAAGAAGCUGGAGCAGGAGAGGCUGGCUGACCAGCGCGUCCUGGACUACCAGAAAGAGAAAAUGGAGCGGGAAGCAGAUUUCGAGGCACAGCAGGAAAAAGCCCGCCACGAGAAAGAGCUGGAGACGGCCCGCCUGAGAGCCCUGCAAGAGAGGGCCCAGGAUCUCCAGGCUGAGAAGGACGCGGUCCGGGCCAAGCGGCACCAGGAGGCCAAGGAGCGAGAGUGGCGGCAAAGAGAGAAGGAGGCUGUGCUGAAAAAGUUGAAGACCCAGGCCGAGCUGCAGCAGAGCCGCCUGGUCCAGAUGGCCCGCAAGGAGCAUGAACAGAUGAUCCAAACCAAGCGGGACCGCAGCUAUUACGAUCAGGUCCUCAGGGAGCUGCGGGAGCAGGCACAGAAGGAACAGAAGCAGCAGGAGGAGAGGGCCGCCAAGCGAAUGGCACACGGUAAAGCAGUGCGGAGCCAGAUGAAGGAGCGCCAGGAGCAGCUGGUGCAGGAGCGGGCCGUCUGCUUCGAGGAUGGGAAGCGCCUGCAAAAGGAGAUGCAGAAGCACGCCGAUCGCAUUGCCCAGCUGAAGAGAACGAGGAUGGAGGAGCUCCGAGCCACCGGUCUGCCCGAGAGGUACUGCGUAGGUGUGGAGUACAAGGCCUUGAAGCCAAGCCCCAAGCGCUGAGGGUGGCCAUUCGCUGCCCAGCCUGCCCCGAGCGGCUUGCAGGAGGUCGCAUGUGGCCUCCCCCCGGCCCAGAUUGUAAAUAGUUUUAGGUUUAGACAUAGUAAAUAAAGCUGU